UAGCCAAGAAGCAAUACAUAUCAAUGCACUGUGCAAUAAAAUAUCUCCAUAUGCAUGGUGACCAGUGCCAAAAGUACGUUUCCUGUUUGUGUAUGGCAAUGUCAAAUAUUAUGUCCCAAAAACCAUAUAAUUAGUGACGGGAAGGGACCCUACCUAGUCGUAUGAAUGCCAAAUUUUUCUAUAUCAAUAAUGUAUGGAACUGCCACAUACUGUAAUGUUAUAUGCGAUUUUAUAUAGGCGUGAAACAAGUGAAAAAUC